GUUAAAUUCAGUGUCUCCUCAUAAAACAAAGUUAUAAUUCUAUUAUUAUGUUAAGUCUGGACAUGGAAAAUGAAAACAAGAACAUGGAGAGAAAACCAAGAUUUUUGUGCCUUCAUGGGUUUAGAACAAGCGCAGAGAUAAUGAAAACACAGAUGCACAAAUGGCCACAAAGUGUUUUAGACAAACUCGAUCUUGUUUUUCUCGAUGCCCCUUUUCCUUGCAAAGGCAAAUCUCUUGUUGAAGGAAUUUUCGAUCCUCCUUAUUACGAGUGGUUCCAAUUCAACGAGGAAACUACAGAGUACUACAACUUCGAUGAGUGUUUGCAAUAUAUUGAGGAUUUCAUGAUCAAACAUGGACCCUUUGAUGGUCUUCUUGGAUUCUCACAGGGGUCAGUGUUAGCAGCUGCUCUGCCAGGUCUUCAGGAGAAGGGCAUAGCAUUGACGAAGGUUCCAAAAGUGAAAUUCGUUAUAAUUAUAGCAGGGAUCAAGUCAAGGUCACCUCUACUGGCAGAGAAAGCAUAUUUUCCCCCAAUUAGUUGUCCUUCUCUUCAUUUUUUAGGUGAGAAAGAUUUUUUAAAGCAUUUUGGAAAACAACUAUUAGAAUAUUUUGUUGAACCUGUGGCAAUUUAUCAUUCAAAAGGACACACGGUACCAAGAUUAGAUGAUAAAAGCUUGAAUACCGUGAUGAAUUUCAUUGAAAAAAUUCAAAAAGAUAUAUCUGAAAAUAAUGAAUAAGUUCAGGCGAGGAGCUUAUACUUCAAAUCAUUUUUAAAGUAAUAUUUCAUUUUAGCAAAAGUGAAUAAUUUUGAUGUACUUGUAAUUCUCACUAGGCCGUGUAGGUGGUAAGGCUACUUGUCACUCACAUUAGGCCCUUAAAGAAUCAAAGUGCAAUGCUAAUUAAUUUUUGAACAAAUAAAAUCACAUAAUCAAUUUCUAUGACAUCAUCAAUUUCUAUGAUUAUUUGACGAGAA